AUGCAAAGAAGGCAAGCUAUAUGUGAAACCUGUGGCGAUGGAAGUGUAGAAUGCCUGCUUGUUACGGCUGUUGACGAGGUUUAUCAUGACCAGGAGAACCUCCUAGCGAUAGAUUGCCUUGGGCGCUUGUCACUCCACUACGGUGAACUAUAUGGCUUUGGCGAAGAUUGUCAGAGGAUUAUCCAUCAUUGGGGUCGAGGACAAGCGUCACGCCUGAUAUUUACCUUGGAUUCUCAAGGUUACACACCAUUCCACUAUGCAGUGGUUGAGAAUCAUGUAUCAGUUGCGAGGGUAUUCAUCAAUAUCCUGCUGCCGGAAAUUCAAUCUAGGGGCAAGCCCGACAAGAAUACUAGGAGCAACAUGCAAAAUCUGCUUAAUAUUGCCAUCAGAUACCAAUUUGACGACAUGGUUGAACUGCUCGGAGAAUCUCAGCUCUUGUUUGGAGGGGUUUCGGCUCACGAAGAAAGCCCUCUUUACGUCGCGGCUCAGAUUGGACGCGAUGAUUAUCUCGAUAUUCUGCUGCGUAACGGUCAAAUGGAAUUGAUAGAUGGCUCGGAGGCACUAAAUGGUUGGACUCCUUUAUUCAUCGCCUGCAUAAAUGGCCACAGAAAAGCUGCAGAGCUCCUUUUGAAAGCUGGAGCAAACCAGGAAGUGCGCGAUUUUCGUGAAUCGUACCCUAAAGAGCAUGCAGCUCUAAGAGGUCAUUUCUCCUUGGCUGAACUUUUGAAGCCAUGGGAUAGAACUCAGAUGACUGGUGGCCCUGCCAGAAUACCCUUGAGACCUAGUCGUACUGUGGGCUUCCAUCUACCUGUCAAUGUUGACCAGGCCAUUGUCAACAUUGGAACUUUGCAAAAUGGAAGGCACCAGAAUGGCAUUGAUUUGAAAAUGCCUUGGUCGAAAGACAAUAUAUUACCGCUAAUGAACAUGUCCGUGUCUGUGGGAGGUAGCGUCAGCCAUCUGGUUCACUUACCAGUCCUAGGUGACAUGAGCAAUGAACCGUUGAUCUUCCCAAUACACGACCCAAGCCAAGUCCACCUAGUUUUCAAAUUUUUCUCGGCCGAUUCUUCACGCGAAGGACAUGAGCGGAUAGGAAGUGCUUCCAUACUACUUCAGGAGGAAGUGGAUUGCUUUGGACCAAACCGCGAAAGUCUUUUUAGGGCACGUACCAUUCCAAUUCUAGCAAAGGAGACUUCAGAUCUCCUGGGCACUGUAACUUUUACCUUCCUCAUCGCCAAAAAACUUAUGAAUUUGAGAAAACCGCCGCCUAUAGAGCGCUACAACCCAGAGCAAGGAAUACGGGUUGUUGGUCAUAGAGGUCUCAAGACUUGGAACAUGAUGUCUUGGGUUAUCAUUGGACUAACGUGUAACAAGGUUCUGGUCAAAACACUGCAGAUUGGAGUCAUCUCCAACUCGGAGAAAACACAGUCCAGCCAAGGUGCAUCAUAUGUCGAGUCCACAGAUGUGCAGCGUACCCGAGACCUUGUACCGGUCGUUUUCCACGAUUUUUCUUUGAGCGAGUCGGGGACUGAUGUGCCUGUUCAUGAUCUUACAUUCGACCAGGGGUUUGAUGAUAGCAAUGAUAGCACAGAAUACAGAUCAGAUAACCUUGCCAGAAGAAGACCUCGAGCACGCUCCUUAACAACGACAUUUAUGCAAGAAACUCACCCAAUUCGUAACAGAAUGAAGUAUACCGUUGACUUCAAAAACAAAGGUAGCAAGCCAAACACGAGAGGAUCCUUCAUUCAUGGCCCUUUCACCAAUUUGAAGGAGCUGCUUGUUAAUCUGCCCGAGUCUAUUGGCUUCAAUGUUGAAAUAAAAUAUCCGAGGCUCCACGAAGCGAUUGAGGCCGGUGUUGCUCCAGUUGCCCUUGAGAUCAAUUUAUUCGUCGAUCGAAUACUAUAUCAGAUAUUUAAUCACACCGGCAGGCGAAAAAUCAUACUUUCCUCGUUUACGCCGGAAAUAUGCAUUCUUCUGGCCACUAAGCAGCAAACAUUUCCAGUCAUGUUUAUCACGAACGCUGGAAAGCCUCCAGCGAGUGAUUUGGGGGCGAGAGCUUGCAGUGUAAAAGCUGCAGUUCGAUUCUCAAAGCGGUGGAACUUAGCUGGCAUUGUCUUCGCUUCUGACAUGUUACUUAUGUGUCCAAGUCUUGUGGGAUAUAUCAAACAAUCAGGAUUUAUAUGUGGGUCGUAUGGGUCCUUGAACAACGUUCCAGAGAAUGUCAAAGUUCAACAAGCAGCAGACAUCCAGAUCCUAAUGGCCGACAGAGUUGGCGUCGUUUCAAUGGUACUCAACGAGAGCCAUACUAUUUAG